AUGCCUGAGCAGCGGCAACAGAGAGAUGAGGGAGAGCAAGGCUCCCUCAUGAAAUCUAUCAUACAGGGUGCGGCCAUCUUCCUCGUGUCGCAGUGGGCUAUCGGCCAGUUCUUCGGAAACAAGCAGAGCGCUGGAUCUGGGUCUGGCGGGAAGCUGGGUGCCAUUCCUGGCUUCGAAGACCGCACUCCCCGCGCUGAGAUCGAAAGUUACAGCUCGAUCCCGGACACGAUCGCCCCCAUCUGGCCGCCCAAUAGCGACUUAGAUAUCAGCAUCUACGUUUCUCCAUCAAUUGUGCUGCCUUCGCUCAAGUCGCUUCCUGCCGGCUCUCUUGUUUUGGAAGAGAAGAAAUUCGGUCUUGGAAAUUACAGUGAUGUCAGGGAGGUUGACACCACCAUCCAGGUGCCCAAGGAGGUCCAGCAGAAUGGAACUCUCUGGGCGCACUUCUUGGUCGGACUGAGUGGACAUCAACUGGAUCCUACUGCCAAGGAUUACAGCACCGAUAGCGCUGUUCAUUUCUUCCGGCCCCUCAAUCAGUAUCUGCCCAAGAGGAAGACCAAGAAGCUCAAAAAACUGCUCGCUUCUGAUGAAGUCGAGGAGGAAGAAGACGACGGACUUCCCGAUGUCUCAGUGGCGUCCUACUACCAUCCCAAUUUUACUGUCUCGGUGAUUCCGGACUCUGCCAAUAUGAAGUACCGUCAGAUUCACCCUGCUAUUCGACGCCACACCCAGCUUGAGGCAACUGGUGCAAGAGACGCUUCGGGCCAGAAUGGCUGGUACUAUCCAAUUGUCUACCUGAACACUUUCUGGCAGUUGAAGACACACAUGCAGGAACUGAACUCCACUGUUGAAACUCUCCCUCUACGAUUUACGCUGAACAACCUUCAGAACUGGAAGUUCUCCAUGAUCGCCAGUAUCGAUGACAAUGCCAAGCAGACUGCUAAACAGGCUGCUUACGGACAGUCUACCCCGGGUGGUGGCGAUGGCAGCGAGUUCGAGAUGAUCAAGGAAGUGCUCUUGGAUACCAACAUCUGGUUGCUCGGAACUACUGGGGUGGUCACAAUAUUGCACAUGAUCUUCGAAACUCUGGCCUUCAAGAACGACAUCUCUCACUGGCGCAAGAAAAAGGACGUUGUUGGAACCUCGGUUCGCACUAUCCUCGCCAAUGUCUUCAUGCAGGGUGUCAUCUUCCUGUACCUGGUGGAUAACAGUGAGAACACUUCUUGGAUGAUUCUUGCCAGUCAAGGUUUUGGUAUUGUUUUGGAAGCCUGGAAGAUUACCAAAACUGUCGACGUCCGCCUGCGGCCUCCUCCAGCCAACUCGCUCCUCUCCUUCCUGCCUUAUGUGAUCGUAUUUGAAGACAAGCACAAACUCACUGAGACUGAGAAGAAGACCCAGGAGUACGAUGAGAUUGCCUUCCGUUAUCUCUACAUCAUCGCUGUGCCUCUCCUCGGCGCCUACGCCGUUUACAGCUUGAUGUACAACACCCACAAAUCGUGGUACUCUUAUAUCAUUGAAACCCUUGUGGGCAGCGUGUAUGCUUAUGGUUUCUUGAUGAUGGUUCCUAGUUUGUAUAUUAACUACCGCUUGAAGUCUGUUGCUCAUAUGCCUGGCAAAGCUAUGACAUACAAGUUCCUCAACACAUUCAUCGAUGAUCUUUUCGCGUUCACCGUCAAGAUGCCCUGGCUCCACAGACUGGCAACCCUCCGUGACGAUGUCAUUUUCUUCAUCUGGCUCUACCAGAGCUACAAGUACAAGGUUGACUAUACCCGCGUUAACGAAUUCGGACAGGGGGGCGACAGCGACGACGAGGAGGAGGGGGAGGAGGAGGAGGAGGCCAAGCCUGAGGGUGAGAAGCAGGCCGAAGACAAGGUUGAGACGGCCAAGGCGACCAAGGCGUCUGGUAAACAGGCCUCGCAGUCGUCGACCCGCAAGCGCAAGUGA